GCCAACAUAGUGCUGCGCAGGAUCAUCUUCCUGGCGCUGGUGUGCAUCAGGCGCAAGGUGCACUUCGUCGUUGCGAACCCGUGCCAGUCAGCGCUGUGGUCAUUUCCUUUGUGGCGCGCGCUGUGUCGGGAGCACCGCAUCAGAGUUGGACAGGACGCAAUGUGCAACUAUGCUGCAGGUGAGAUGGAACUCGCCGAGCGCAUGCCAGUGAGGUUUGCUGGUUCCCCGUGGUGGGUGGCGCUCUGCGGCAGCACGUGCAAGCACUCCGACGACCACCUGAACCCCGAGGUCCGCACCAAUGGCGCUGUGAUGCGCGUGGGCUCUGCAGAGAGCAAGAAGUUCCCGUUCAGGUGGACAUCGAUGUUCUAUGAUAUCUUCGCAAAGUACAGGUCCCAGCAGGAGCCGUACAGAUUCGCGGCACCUGCGUUUCUCGGUGCUGAGAACGACUCCGACUUCACCAAGGGCUUGAAGUGGCUCGAGGAACAACGGCCGCCCUCGCCAGAGCGAGAUCCUGUGGAAGAGCUGUCGUCCGUCAGCGACAAGGCCGACCCCAUUGAGAUGCUCAGCGACGAUGCCGAGGUCGAGCCGUCCAAUAUGAAGGGCGCAGCCACUCGCGGCGACGACGGCGAGAAGCACGGCGAGAGCAGCAGCGAGACGGACUCCGCUGUCAGGCAGGUGCGGCAGUUCGAAGCCGACGAGAAGCUCGCGCAGAGCUUCAUCGAGGGCGGCAAU